UUGAAUUGGCGCGUUGAUAACGACCCGUUCUCCGCUCUUUACUAUGUGCAUAAUCUACGAUAACAAAUUCAUAGAAUUAUUGAUAUUGGAUGUGUCUAUAGAGUGCUUCAGCGAUCAAGAAUCCCUAAGAAACCUAUUGGUCAGAAGGCUAUAUUUUACGGACCACGUGUUGUGAAAAAAACUGUGUUUAUCUCCAUAUUAAAAAAAAAAACAUUAGUAGUGCUUUGUUAAGUGUAUUUAAGGAUAAUCGUCACGAUGUCAACAGGGAAACGGAUUGCGAAACGGUCCAUUAUCGGAACCCGCGUGUGCGCUCCAGGAGAAGACGGGAAAUUCUACUCCGGAGUGAUUCAAGCGGUCAAAACACCGGCGAGCGUCGACAAUAAUACAAACUGCAUCAAUUUAACGCCGAACACGAGAUAUACGGUACGGUUUGAUUCCAGACAGGGUACCUUAGGUCGUACCACCGCCGAGUUUUUUGAAUGCGACCUUAUUGGACCCGGGUUCAGGUCGGUUUUAGGGGUGGAACUCGUACCGCAACAAAAAUGUUUCGUUACUUUUAACGGACGCGAGGUAUGCGGGGAAGUUAUUAAACAUAACAUUGAGACUGAUGAGGUUAUUAUUAAAAUCCAUCCGACUGGUACUGAGGAUCCUUUUGAAGUUCAGAAGAAACUGGACGAAGUGCGUUUACUAGAGUCCAGAAAGUCAGCACGUUUAGCUGACCAAGACACUGAUUUUGCUCGUUUAGCUGAUAUGGCUGGAGAUAGGAAGAGAAAUGCUUCACACACCAUCGAUGUUCCUGCACCUUCUUACCAUGGAUCUCGUAAACGCAGGCCUAGCUAUAGCCAAGAUGAGGGACUGCAUCCUAAAACUGCCAUGGAUGAGUGUAGCGCCGCCUUAGUUCUAAUGAGCCUUUCCUGUUCACCACAAAAUGCCUUGUCGUAUUACGGUACUUCCCCGGGAAGCAGCUCUAGCAGUUCAGCCUCUUUCCGCUCUACUCCCUCACCCCCACCUCCAAGUAACUCACCUAUCAACUCCUUAGGAAGUUCCGGGUCCGAUGAAGGUAUCGUUAUGGAUUACAUGUUAGAAGAUCAACCCAGAAAGAAGAAGAACAUAACGACAGUGGUGUUCCAGUGCACAUUUCGAGGUUGCAAAGCAUCUAACGGUUCCUGUGAAGAGAUUGAAAAGCACGUUCGUACAGAACAUAAUGUCUCCGCUAAAGAAGAAGAAUUCUACUACACCGAAAUCGAACUAUGCUGGGGACACACCAGCUCACCUCCCACUCGCUCACAUCGCGACAUGGCCCGUCCGCCCCACGAAGACCCCGACUACCAGCGCCAACUGGUGGGCACCAUGCGCCAAAACCUCCUCUCCGGCCCCUCACCGAUACCCCAGAGUCCUCACAAGUUACUGAAACUUUCACCACGUCCUCACAGCCCAAAGAUGCCCAACUCGCCCCGUAGAGUACGCGGCGAGAACAAAAAGUGCAGAAAGAUCUACGGAAUGGAUCAGAGGAGCCAGUGGUGCACCCAAUGCAAAUGGAAGAAAGCCUGUUCCAGAUUCGGUGACUAAAUUAAGAAAUUUAAGAGUCAGAGACAAUUAAGUGCGCCAAUGUGUUCUACUACUACUUCGUUGUAAAACGGGCACGUUUGCCCUCGAUCUCAUUAAGUACAAGCUCAGUAUUUGCCAGGAAGAAAUAUGGGAUAAGGGUUUGUUUUUUUUGAGAGGGAUGAAAUAAGACCAUAUAUUUUUUUUGGAAAGUUAUCUGCAGGGAAGUGUAAGAGUUAAAAAGUCAAUGUGAUAAAGUCUGGCUGUGUUUAUGACGUAAGGUAGGCAUAGCGGACACUCUUACAUCUUCUUGUCAGAUUACCAUUUGUAGAGUUUUAGGAGAGUUUGUGUUGGUUAUUGUGCAAUGUGGGUUACAGAGGUAAAAUUAUGGCCCAAGUAAUAAAACAGGUUGGAAUGGUUUUUUCUGUUUUAUUAGAAUAUUUGUGCCACAUCGUUUUAUAAAUAAUUUAUUACUCAAAAGAGAUAAUCAUGGAUCUUAAUUAUUUUUCUAUUACAUUUGGCAAUAAGCAAUGUUUAGAUUAAUAAAAACUUAAACAAUGACAAAAUUACUAGGUUUAUUUGAAAAGUUUUCGUCCUUCUUAAAAAAAAAACAGAUAAUUCAAGCCGAAUAAAUAUUUAUUUCUCGACAUAAUCUCCACACAAGUCAAUACAUUUGAUCAAACACUUUUCUCAACCUUUCAGGCCAUCAGAAAAAUAAUCUUUAGGUAAACCUGAAAGAUACAAGUUUACUGCCUCUUCCACCUUAGUAUUUGACGCAUAUUUUCUCCCUCCGAGAAAUUCUUUCAAGUUGUGGAAUAAAAAAAAGUCACGCGGAGCUAGGUCUGGUGAGUACGGUGGAUGUUAAUGCAAUUCGAACUUCAAUUCUUCCAAUUUCGCCAUUGCGACCAUGCACGUGUGGACUCGUGCGUUGUCUUUAUGAAACAGCACCUUCUUCUUCGCCAAUUGUGGUUUCUUCUUUGUUUGUUCGUUUUCUUCUUUGUUUGUUCGUUUUCUUCUUUGUUCGUUUCUUCUUGAGUUCCGCCUUCAAUAGGUUCAAUAACGUAGCAUAAUAGAGUCUAUUAUUGGUUUUCCCUUUUUGAAGGUAAUCAACCAUAGUUAUACCACGGCUGUCCCAAAAAACUGUCGCUAUUACUUUUCUGGCAAAAAGAACGACCUUUGCCUUCUUCGGAGCUGGUUUUCCCACCCCCAUCCAGUGCAGUGACUGUUGUGUUGUCUCCGGAGUAUGGUGAUGGAUCCAUGUUUCGUCGAUAGUAAUUAUUCGACGUAAAAACUAAACACCAUUCCGAUAUCCCGCAAACCUCAGCAAUUUCUUUAAUAGUUAAUCCUACUAUUAAAGAAUAAAUAUUACUAUCCAUAAUGUAAUGAUAGUGUUAAUACUACUAUCCACUAAGCUGAUGAUAUCGUCCGUGGAAACAGUUUUUGUACAUCCAACUUUAUCAACGCGCGAUAUUCGAUUUUAUCCAUUUGUUUAAAUAAUUGUCAACUGUCAACUUUGAAAGGGUACCAGAGGUUUUGUAUUGAUCGAAAUGACUUGAAAUUUUUAUGCCAUACAAUAUAUGUAAAGGCCAUCUAUCGGUAAGCGAGAGAUCUUGAAUACGUUGUAUACGUUUUGCCGGUAAGGCCGGGAACUUUUCAAAUGACCCUCGUAUGUUUUUCCCACGUUUCAGUUUUCCAUGAAGGCAUUCUCAGACAAAAAGUUUUAUUUAAGUUUUUGGAAAAAAGUGAGGAAGUUUGAUAGUAGAGGUUAAAAGAAAUGACAAAAAUAUUCUUUAGUUACGUUUGGUUUACAAUCAUUUGUUUAGUCAUCAACAGGAUACUAAAAUUGAGGUCUUGGAUAUAAAGAUGAACGAUUUUUAAAGAUAAAUCAUGUUUUUAUUUUAAUUUUCCAAUGUAAUUAAAGCUUUUAACCUUAAAUAAUUAAAGUACCAAAAGGCGGAUCUUUUUUAAUUUUUAUUUUUUUCAUUGUAGUAGUUAGUAAGUUUAUUUUUUCCAGGCAGUUGAAGUUAUUUCGCAUUUGAUCCAGCUUUUGGAUGUCUUUUAUUUUCUGUCUAUAAGAACUAAGAAAUGAUCCUUAACUGCCUAGACGAGACUAAAUUUAUUUUAACUGUCUUUAAAAGUAAAAGAACUUAAAAGAAAUGAGUCUGACGAUGAUGACUGAAACUCUCAAGGUUUGAAAAAAAUAAAAAAAGCUCUAUUUUCGUGCCUGGAACUAUUAAAAAAAAAGACUUUCAACUCCGUGGAAAUCCUGACGAAACAAAGCUUUUAGAAAAAGAUCUUAUGACCUACAAGGAAAUUUCAAAUCAAGAUCUAACUAAUUUCUUUAGGCGGACGAUUUUAACGGAGAUGAUCUCAAUUGUCUGGACGAAAUUUAACUUCAAACGAAAGAUGAAACUUUAACUGCCUGAAGAAAACAAAAGAGGUGUUUUAGUGUAAUUGACGCCUGAAAUAAUUUCAUAUUCAUUCCAGAAAACUGAAUUCAUUACAACAACUCCAGUUGCCUGAAGUCAAUGAGAAAUGAUCGUUUAUUUAAAGGAAGUAAGUCGUCAACUAGUUUAUUUUCUGUCUUCAUCAUGAUCUCAAUCACCUCGAAGAACUGUGGCAUCACUUUAGUUGCCUAGAAGGAAAGGAAAAAAUACAUUUAAUAAUAACAACUGCCUGAACAACACAAGAACAUUAUUUUAAUUCUUCCUGGAAUAAAUAAGGAAUUAGAUUAAAGAAACCAUUUCUAAGCAAUUGGAUUCGUUUCUCAUUUUAUACAGACCAUUAGAGUCAUAAUAACUUCAGUUGCCUGCAUCAACCAAUUAACGAACUGAAUAAGACUGGCUUCAGGUAAUAAGAACUAAUCUCAACUGCCUAGAAUUUGAGAAAAGUUAAUUUAAAAAGUGAGAAAUUACUCUUGCAGCCUGAAAAAAAAAUUUUAAUCGUUUUGGACAAAAAGAAAUUAUCCAGUUAAAACGAGAACGCCACUUUAACAUGCUGGUAAAAAACAAUAGAAUGCGAUUGAAAAAAUAAAUUAUAAAUAUAAAUAUGGCUCAUAUAAUGAAACAUCUUGAAAUGCGUUUCCCUUUUUUAUUAGAAUAUUUGGGAACCUUGUGCCGCAUCGCUUUGUAAAUAAUUUAUUAAAGAAAAAAGGUCCUGGAUCUUAAUAUAUUUUCCAUUACGUUUGGAUUACAAUAACCCAAAUUUCCUGAAAGAAAUUGAUAAUGUAUUCAAAGCAGUCACUGCUUGCCUUUACGUAAAAAUUACCCCAAUUACCUGGAAUAAACAAAUAGAGUUAUUUCUGUUGAGUUGGUGUAACAGUUUCUUGAUAUUUUUAACCCUUAACGUAGAUUUCCAGUGCAAUUUCCUAAAAGAAGUCAAUAGUUCAUCCUAGGGAGUCAUUACUUGACUUAAAACUUGUCUUAACGGUAAAAAUCAACCCCAUUUACCUGGAAUAAAAUAAUAGUUUAUUUCAGACAGAAAUUUUUGUAUAGCUUCUGCCCCUAAUGUUACAAUUUCUUGGUAUUUUUAAGCCUUAAAUUAGAUUUCAAGUCCAGUUACCUGAAAGAAAUUAAUUUUUUAUUCAAGGCAGUCAUUUUUUGCCUUAACACAUAAAAAUGGUUCUCAAUUGCCUGGAAUAAAAUAAAAAUUUAGUCUAGGCAGUAAUUUCUGGCCCUGAUGACACAAUUUCUGGAUAUUUCUAACUUUCAAAGUAGAAUUUAACCACAAUUUCCCGGAAGAAAUUAAUAACUUAUUCCAGGCAGUCCUAUUCCUGUGUAUUUCUUGCCUUUAUAAAAUUAUUUAUGAAUAUUUCUCACCCUUGAAGUGCAAUUCCAAUUUUCUAAUUCGUUUUUUAUGUGAAAUUUUGAUUUCUUCUUAAAAUGUCCGCUUAUUAUUUAGACAUUUUGAAUAACACUUAAAAAAAUUAAAAUAAUUUUUUGCUCUUAUAAUUGCUCUUUUCCCAUGUUUCAGUUUUCCACGAAGUCAUCCUCAGGAGAGAAAAAUUAAGUUUCAUUAAAUUUUUCAGGAAAAAAUGAGAAGGUUUGAUAGUAGGGAUUGAAAAAAAUUAACAAAAACGAAUGAAGAAAAAAGGAGUUUUUAAAAUUUUUAUUUCUUUGGUUGCAGUAAAUUUAUUUUUUCCAGGCAUCAACGUCAUUUGUCUCUUUUUUUCUGUCUUUAAGGAUUGAGAAGUGAUCCUUAACUGCGUGGAUGAGACAAAAACUUACUUCAACUGCCAAAAAAAAAUAGUGAAACUUUCAGUGUUUAAAAAAACAAAAUGAUAUUUUAGUGCCUAAAAGUAAUAAAGAAAAGAGAUUUUCAACUCCGUGGAAAACCUGACCAGACAAAGUUUUUAGAGGAAGAUCCUAUAACAUAUGACCUUCAUGCAUGAUCCCCAAUGCCUGGAAAACAUUUCAAAUUAAUUUCAAAGAAACCAGAGAUGAGACUUAAGUCCAAAUAAGUCAUUAAUCAAUUUAAUUUAGACCUAUAGAGACGUCGUAAUGAUCUGAGUGACCUAGAAGAAUCGAAGUAUUAGUUUAAUUGUCUAGAAAUAAUAGAAAACAUUCAUUCAAUAAUAAUAACUGCCUGAACAAAACGAGAACAUUAUUUUAAGUUCCUGAAAGAAUUAAAUAAAAUAAAGAAACAUUCUUCCAAAGCCAUCCUCAGUAUAGAAUAAAUUUUAUUUGAUUUUUUGGGAAAGAUUAAGGAGGUUUGAUGGUAGGAGAUGAAAAAGUUACAAAAAUUACUUUUAGUUUACGUCGACGUUUCGACCAUUUAUUAAAUCUUUAACACGAAACUAAAAUGGGGUCUUAUGGAUGGAAAGCUUUUAACUUUGAAAAACUCUAAUAUCAACAGCAAAUGAAAAGGAGCUUUUUUAAUUUUAUUUAUUUCAUUACAGUAAAUUAAUUUCUUCCAGGCCGUUGAAGUUAUUUUUUCCAGGGAGCUGAAGUCGUUUUUUAUUUGAUCCAGCGAUGUUUCUUCUUCUAUGUCUUUAUGAACUGGGAAAUAAUCCUUGAAAACUUAACGAAUUUUUUGAUGCAAUGGAAAUGAUCUCAAACGCCUGGACGAAAUUUUAAAUUAGCUUCAAAAAAAUUAAAGAGGAGAUUUUAACUGCCUUAAGAAAACAAAAGAAAUUUGCUACAAUAACUCCAAUUGCCUGGAAAUAUGAGAAAUAAUCUUUUAUUUAAAGUAAGUCGCUAAUCACGAUCUCAAUUAUCUGGACGAACUGAGGUAUUACUUUAAUUGGCUUAAAGUAAUGAAAAAAAAUGCAUCCAAUAGUAACAACUGCCUAAACAAAAUUUCAACUUCCUGGAAGGAACAAGAAAUUAGGUUCAAGAAAGAAACAUAAUGAAUUUCUGCUAGGCAAUUGGAGUCAUUUCCAAUUUUAUCCAGACAAUUAAAGUUAUCAUAAUAGCUUUAAUUGCUUGCAUUACCCCAAUAACGAACUGAAUAAGACUGACUUGAGGAAAUGACAGCUAAUCUCACCUGCCUGGAAAUUGAUCAAAAUUACCAUAACAGCCUGAGAAAGAAAUAAAGGACUAUAAUUAAUUUCUUUCAGGCAGUUUAUUUCUAUAAUUAUUUCUGUUGAUUUAGCAGUUAGAGUAAUUUUGCUAAUGUCAAUUUGAUUCAUUUGUUUCUUCCAGGUGUUAUUAUAUAGACCUCAGUUGUUUAAAAAACUUAAUAACGCAACAUUAAAUGCCUUAAAGAAAUGAAAACUGAUCUAUACUACCUGAAAGACCAGAAAAAUGUCAUCAUAACUACCUGAAAAUAAUAAAAAAAAUAACUGGAAGACAUUAAAAAAAAUAAUUUAAUUUAUGAAUGAUAACAACUGCCUGGAUAAAAUGAAAAAAUUACUUACUUACAGCUGCCUAUAAGAAAAAAAUCACGUCCUGAAAAAACAAUUAAUAACUUCUUACUGCUUCUAACGGCUCUAACUGACGUCAAUAAAUGAGAACUGAUUUCAUGUGCCUGGAAGAUAGAGUAUUUGAACUAUAUGGAAAACAUCAAUUCUAACAGUCUGAAAGAUGGGAAAAAAUAUAUUUACUACCUGAGAAAAUGAAGAGUCACUUUAACUAACUGAAAGAAAGGAGAGUAUAAGAACAAGUAAUUAAUCUAGAUGACUUUUCAUGAGUUAUUAUAUAGACCUCAAUUGAGUGGAAAACUGGAAAAGACUUUCCACUCCUUUGAAAACCUGACUAAACAAUUUUUUUAGAAAAAGAAAUUUCAAAUGAACACCUAACGAAUUUCUUCAGACAAUUGCAAUGAUCUCAAAUGCCUGGACGAAAUUAGAAAUUAACUUCAAAGAAAGGAGAAAUGAGACUUAACAGCCUGGAAAAAAACAAAAGAAAUGUUUUAAUGUAAUUGACGAGUAAAGUAAUUUCAUAUUUAUUCCAGUUGCCUGGAGUUAUUCUAGUGAAUUCGGCAGAAUGAAAAAUGAUCUUUUAUUUGAAGAAAGUAAGUCAAUCAAUUUCUUCCGGACUAAUAGAGACGUCGUCGUAUUAUUCUCAGUAACCUGGAAGAACUGAGGUAUUACUUGAACUGCUGAGAAGUAGUAAAAAAUGCAUUCAAUAAUAACCCGAACAAAACCGUGGAAGAAACAAUACGUUAAAUAUAAGAAACAUAAUCAAUUUCUUCUAGGCAAUUAAUCAUUUCUUAUUUCAUCCAUAUUAUUAAAGUCGUUAUAAUCACUUCAGUUGCAGCAACCGAAUAACGAACUGAAUAAGACUGACUUGAAGAAAUGAGAACUAAAGUAAUCCAUUCAAAGGAUUACUUUAACUGCUUGUGAAAAGUGAGAAACGACUCUAACAGGUUGGAGUAGGUGUUAAAGUCGUGUUUAAGAUAACAAAAAGAUAUUUUCUGGUUGAACCAACAUCUUGUAAGAAACAAGAAGAAAUUAAUCUGAAAAACGUAUUAUAACUAAUUUCUUCCAGGCAGUUUAUUUCAAUUCAAUUAUAGUCAUAAUUCCUUCAGUUUGUUUUAAUUCAUUUCAAUUUAAUUCAUAAAUGAUAACAACUGACUAGACACAAUGAGUCAACAGCAUUAGUCUGAAAGAUAAGAAAAAUUAUAUUGACUGCCUGAAAAAAGAAAGAAUCACUUUAUCUAACUGGAAGAAAUAAGAAUAUUAAUAUAAGCAAUGAAUUGAGAUUACUCUACAUGAGUCAUAUCUCAUCUGAAUCCAGGCGAUAUUGAAUAUUGGACUUCAGUUAGCCUUCAAAAAAUGAGAACUGAUCUAAACUACUUAGAAAAUAAGAAAAAUGCCUUAACUACCUAAAAAUACGAAGAAUCAAUUCAACCAGGGAUAAGAAAUUAGAAUGUAAUAAUAAACAAUAAAUCUAGAUGACAUUUCAUGACUCAUACCUUAUGCAACAUUAAUUGCCAUCAAGAAAUGAGAACUGAUCAAAACUGUCUGGAAAAUAGAAAAAAUACAUUAACUACUUGAAAAAAACGUCACGUCAC